AUGAGAGUUGUGUUAUUGGUUGCUGUUAUUGCUGCAGUGUCAGCUCAGCAGUGCGAAGUAUGUACCAAGGUGUUAACUGAUGCCAUGGCCAAAGUACCAGUAGCAGAAGCCAAAAAACCAGACAGCAUUGGAAAAGUUAUAAGAGAACAUUGUGCUAAAACUAUUAACAAGGAAAACAAAUUCUGUUUUUAUAUUGGAGCCUUACCCGAAUCAGCUACCUCUAUUAUGAAUGAUGUUCAAAAGCCACUCUCUUGGUCUAUGCCUCCUGCCAAGGUCUGCGAAAAGUUAAAAACCAAGGACCAGCAAAUCUGCGAAUUGAAAUAUGAUAAGCCACUCGAUUGGAAGACAAUUGAUUUGAAAAAAAUGAGAGUGAAGGAAUUGAAAAAUAUUCUUUUAGAAUGGGGAGAGACUUGUAAAGGAUGUACUGAAAAGACCGAAUUCAUCAAAAAAAUCGAAGAAUUGAAACCUAAGUAUGUUAAGGAAGAGCUUUAA